AUGCGGCGCGUCGAAUACCCUCCACGGAGUACGGUCCUCUCAGGGUAUUCUCGAUUAGUAAGUACACGACUGGAGGUAGCUACUGGGAAGAUGGUGGCUAUGAUUCCACCGCGUAUCUAUGUGCCUGUGCCUACCGAAUCCGACACAUCACGACGAGAAAAAUAUUCGCAGAAAUCUAGUCAUGCGAUUUAUGGAUUUUCUGAUUCCAUCAUCGAAGGAAUCGAAGAAGAAACUGGCCUCGACAUAAAAGGAUAUUUCAGGGAUAAGAGGCGGAGGGACAGGCAGAGGAAGAUGGACAGGACUUCCCAUUAUUCCCCAGGACUUCGGAAUGUCCCUCUUCGCAGACGGGUUAUCCUGGAAGGACUCUAUGUUGAGGACCCAGCGGCGGAGCUCAAAGCCUUUACCCUUUGUUGA